UGUGUUUAUUGAUGUACAUAUAUAUAUAUAUGCAUCAUAACGUUGUGGGGUCUGCUAGUUGAAACACAAGAAAAGGGAGAAAGGAGAGAGGACAGGAGAAGGGAAGGAGACAAGGACGCAUCCAGACAGUGUUGGGUCGCGGCCCGCUGUGUUUCUUCCACUCCCGUUCACCUCCAUUCACACAGUAAAUAAAAAGCAUGGAGGCUCCGACUCUCGGGAUCUAAAGACAGCUCGCUUUCACCGGAACACGCAGGGAAGGAGCGGGUCACUGGAUUCAGCUGGUUUUGGGUGGAGGAGAGGAGGAGGAGAGAGGAGGAGGAGAGGAGGCAUGAAGCGGACGGCGGUGGUGUUCAGGCACAAUGGCCUCGUCUCUCCGCUGGGGAACAACAACUCCGGGGCUUCGAGCAUCGUCUCACCGGACGGCUGCUGUGGAGGUGGAGGAGGUGGUGGAGGAGGUGGAGGAGGAGCAGGAGCAGGGAUGGACGGCCUGCUGGAUUUCUCCAAAGGCCCCACCGUGAAAACCGAGCUGGUCUGUAAAUGGAUCGACCGAACUUGUUCUCGCCGGACGGCCACAUCCGUCUGCCAGCAAACUUUCAUCUCCAUGCAGGAGCUGGUGGACCACGUCACCACCGAGCACGUCGCCGCCGGGGUCGAGUCCCUCAGCCAUGUGUGCAUGUGGGACGAGUGUCUGCGGGCAGGGAAGGCGUUCAAAGCCAAGUACAAACUCAUUAACCACAUUCGGGUGCACACCGGGGAGAAGCCGUUCUCAUGCGCAUUCCCCAACUGCGGCAAGAUGUUCGCUCGAUCCGAGAACCUGAAGAUCCACACCCGCACCCACACCGGUAGGGCUCAUGGUUUACAUCCCAGACUGGGAGACUGGGAGUAGAGAGGCUCAGAGGUGUUGUUCCCAGUCUGCGAGGAGUCCCUCCAUGUUUACCAGGCUCA